AAUCACACCCCUGAACUCACGUGUACUCGUGUGAUUUCGUUUCUGGAGAUUGUUUUGUACUUUUAACCGUUUUCGGCAGUAAGUAUAGAUCUCCAACAUUUUGGACACCACGGCGGGGAGGAUGUUCACUCUGGCUGAAGCUCGAGAGCAGGUUAUUAGGUCUGAUGAGCUUGAAGACGAGAGUGAUGACGGUUCAAUGGCGGCUAGCAUGGACUCGGAGGACGAGGACGCAUUCCUGCUUGGAAUAGAUGCUGUGCUCGACAUUGAAGUGGAUUCAUCCAUCACUCUUCCACCUGGUGUCUCUCCUUCAAAACCACUCCCAGGGCCUUGGUCGUCUGUGGACAGCCCUCACACCUCUGCUGGAGGACAGGCUAAUGGCAGUGGCACCAGGAGCCCAGGCCCAUCUCCAGCAAAAAGAAGAGUGCUCAAGAGUCCAGCGAAGAAGUGCACAGCCCCAUCACCACCUGCAGGACUGGAGAGAUGGUUUGACAACUCUGAGGAAGACGAGCAGCCUCGUCCACUGCAGUUUCGCCCCAGGAGGACUCCAGGAGUUCAGCUGGAUUUUCAGACAGACUACAGUGCCUCGGAAAUUUUCCAGCUGUUCUUCAGUAAAGAGGUGAUCCGAACCUUGUGCAUAAAUACCAACAAAUAUGCGGCACGGAGAAGCGAGGAGGGCAUGAAGAAGCAGUGGAAGGAUGUAAACGCUGAUGAAAUGCUUCAUUUUCUCAGCAUAAUCAUCUAUAUGGGACUGUUGAAGCCUUCAGCUGUCCGGGACCUGUGGAGAAAGGACCGUUUACACAGCCAUCCAUUUCCUGCUUCUGUGAUGGCCGGGUACCGGUAUGGGGAUAUCGCUGCAUACCUGCACAUGAGUGACCCAGAUUCAGAUGCCAAAAAUGACCAGCUCAGAGGUGAGCCUGAGUACGAUGGUCUCUUCCGCCUAAAGCCGCUUCAGGAACAGAUCUUGUCUGCCUGCAGAGCCUACUACCAGCCACACCAGAACCUCUCUAUAGAUGAACGCAUGGUGGCAACCAAAGCGAGAAUCGGGAUGAAGCAGUACAUGAAGAACAAGCCCACCAAGUGGGGGUACAUGCUCUUCGUCCUGGCUGACAGCUCCAGUGGCUACACAUGUAACUUCAGUGUCUAUGAAGGAAAGGCAAGGAAACCAUCAGGAAAAGGCCUGAGCUUCGAUGCUGUUGUCAGUCUGCUCCAUGUGCCCUCUCUGGGCACAGGGUACACGGUGUAUGUUGACAACUUUUACACCAGCUCACUGCUCUUCCAUCACCUGCACAGAAUUGGUUUUGGGGCCUGCGGAACCAUCCGUGAGACCAGGAUAGGCUUCCCAAAAACAACGGUCAAUGCCCUGCCAAAAGAUGCGAACCGUGGCGACAUGCGAUGGAUCAGGGAUGGCUCACUGCUGUUUGUGAAGUGGAGGGACACGCGAGACGUCACAGUGUGCUCCACUGUCCACAAAGCUUACAGCGGGCAGUCUGUGCAGCGUCGCAUCAGAAUAAAAAACGGAACCUGGUCCACCCAACAGAUCCCUGUGCCCGAACCAGUGAAGGCGUACAACAAGUUCAUGGGGGGAGUUGACUUGUCUGACGCUCUCAUAAAAUACUAUUCUGUGACGCAGAAGACCAGGCGUUGGUAUGUGAAGCUGUUUCUCCAUUUUGUUGACAUUGCCGUGGUGAACAGCUUCAUCAUCCACAAGGAGAUGGCCCUGGCAAGGAAGCAGAAGCCUCUCAGCCAGAAGAGCUUCAGGGAGGUGUUGUGUAUGGAGCUGGCUGAUGUUGGGCAGCCACAGGUAUCCAUCCCUGCAGAAGUCCCCAGUGAGACAUCCUCUUCAUCGGUGCCUCAAGAUAAAGAGUUGAAACCAAAGGGGUGCUUUCCUGUUCCAGUUUCUGAGGUGUCUGCUGAGAAUCGAAUGAAAGCCACACAAGGCAGGAGGAAAUGUGUGCAGUGCAAGAUGAAAACAGCGUUCAUGUGUAGAUCGUGCAGCACUCCACUCUGCAUAAUCGUGGACCGAAUGUGCUUUACAGAGUGGCACGACCAGAAGAGCGCUUAGGCACACAUACUUUUGUACAUUCUUGUAAAUAGUUUGAGUUGUUCUGUUCUGUUUUUGCCUCCUAAAAUCCAACGCCUCAUCCACAUUGUAGGAGGUGGUAACUGAACAUUGCAAGUAUAACAGUGCAGCUGUACUGGCUAACGGUGCUCUGGUAUGGAUAUGCUUGAAGAAUAGAUAAACUACUGCCUUUAAAAGACUUUGAUGUACAAUAUGUGGUGUCCGAAAGGUUUUGGGUACAUUUU